AUGACUCUCAAUGUCCUUAUAGUGGGCGCUGGUAUCUGCGGCCCAGCUCUGGCAAUACUUCUCCAAAAGUCCAAUCCUCAAAACAAUAUUACUAUCGUGGAACGAUUUCCCCACUUGCGAUCGACAGGCCAACAAGUUGACCUGAAGACACAGGCUCCUCACAUACUGAGGAAAAUGGGACUCAUGGAUGAGAUAAAGUCACGCUGCGUCAAUGAGACUGGGCUGGAGAUGGUGGACUCAGAAGAUAAACGAAUAGGAUACUUUGGUGUUGCCGGCUCUGGAGAACUUCGCCCUGGCUUGACAAGCGAGCACGAAAUCAUGCGAGGGGAUAUGGUGAAGGUUCUGUACGACGCCAGUAUUAAGCAAGACUCCGAAUUAAGUGCCAACUCCGAAAGAAAAACAGGGUUGACCUAUGAGUUUGGCCAAACUGUUACGGCCCUUGAUCAAAGCGCGGAUGGUGUGGAUGUCACUUUCUUGAGUGGUCAGAAAGGGCGCUAUGAUCUUGUCGUCGCCGCUGAUGGGCAGGGCUCCCGCACCAGGCGACUUGCCUUCGGAAAAGAAGUCAGUGACGCGGCUUUCAAAACACUCGGCGUUCAUGGUGGAUACUUUAGCAUCCCGCGCAUCCAAAGUGAAGGAAGUCUUGCAAGAGGACAUCUUGCGCCAGGAAGCCGGAUGAUCAUCACACGCACUAGUGAUCGACCAGUAACAGGCGUGCUACUUUUCACCACAAGCACAUCACCGGAGCUAAGAGCAUCAUACAAAAAAUCAAUCGAGGAGCAGAAAGAAGCAUUUUCUGACAUUUUCCGAGAUUCAGACUGGCAGGCCGAUCGCUUGAUGGCGGGACUAGCUGUCUCUGACGAUUUUUAUGCGCACGAGGUUGGCCAGAUCAAGAUGGACCGACUAUCAACUGGCCGUGUGGUACUUCUCGGAGAUGCAGGCUAUUGCCCAAGUCCAUUUACUGGCUUAGGAACCAAUCUCUGCCUGAUGGGAGCAUAUGUGCUGGCAGGAGAAUUGGCACGACAACAAAACGACGUACUAGGAGCGCUCAAAUCGUACGAAGAUAAGAUGAGGCCCUUUAUUGACGAUUGCCAGAAGUAUUCUUCGGGGCUUCUUAGUCUUUUUUUCCCCUCUUCCCGUCUCGGAAUCUGGACCCUACACCAAGUCAUUCGGGCUAUGUCUAAAGUGACUAGUCUCUUCCCACAGCCUCAGGAAGGUGAACAUGGGAAGCGGAUUCCAGAGUAUCCUGAGUUGAAGCUGAAGCCGUGA